UGUUUCUGCUGAAUGUUAGUCUGAAGAGGAAGUUGUAGCAGUGUUGUGCGUUUUAGGCUGUGGUUAACACAGCACUCUGCACUUUUCAGUCGCUUCAGCUGGCAGAAAACUGUGCGUUAGGUUCAGAGGAGGACGUUUUUGCUAGUCGAGGAUUGUUUACUGUAUUUUUGGAUUGGGCCUCAGAUUGCAAACCAUGCUCUCAAAUUCAUGCCCCGGUCUCAGCACCCAGCUCGUCCUCAUCCUUGUCCCCGACCUCAAUUCCAGAAGACGUCUUCUUUAGUAGUUCACCGGAGGACAAGAGAAACGAGUGCAGCAGUGAGGAGGACCUUUUAGACCUCUGCGAUUCUCUGAGAGAUUCAGAAUAUUUCAGAGACUUGCAACUGGAAUCGACUGAACCACAAGACAAACGACAAGGGUACAAGGGUACAACCCUUUUGGUACCUCCUGCGUCCACACCAGAAAGUGGAUCUAGGGAUAAUUCCACAGAUUUUGACACCCAUCAACUUUUCCAGACAGACGACACCGUGAUUCCCACUGGAGGGGAAGCCAUGGAUCGCUUGGUUGCUAUCAGAAACUCAGAGUACCAGGAUUAUCCAGAAUCAGAACAAGAUGAGGACUCGGACACGGAUAACUUUCCUACAUUGGUUAGAUCCAUGUCCACAUCACGCAGACACAGCUGGGAAGUGCCAGUGUCACCGAUUGACCUGGGAAGAAGGUUCAGUCUAGACACUAACGGCAUUGACAGCGAUGGGGAAAGAGAGGUCCACUGUUUGACCAAAAGUCCAAAUCUACCAUCUUCCUCCUUCUCCGAAAGCUCAGUGGAGGAAACAACCAGUGCUGCUGAAAGUGAAAGCUCCAAAACACCAAAUCUACCCACACCAGCAAAGACAGUAUAUUCCAGAUCUGAGAUUCUCGCAACUGAUGAAAAAUCUCAAGCUGACAAAGUCUCCCGCAUACUGGAGACUUCUAAGCAGGCUGCCAGAGAGGCUGGAGAAGAGCAGGAGUCAGAGGAGGGGCUGCAGUCGGUGGAAGGACGGAGUCAUGUGCUGAUGGUACAGAAAGUUCUGCAGGAGCUUAAGCAGUAUCAUGGAGCGAAACGCAGCACAAGCAUAGAAAGAAAAGAGGCGACAGGGAAUUUCACGUGGUAUGAGUUUCUUGCCAUUGAAAAUGAUGAAGAAGAGGAGGAAAGACCAGAGCGUCCGGAAAAAGGCACCAAAGUCAAGCGGACUCUGAGCUCACUGAGGAACCGUGUGACUGGAUCCUUCAACAAAGACAAAGGUAAGACCCGAGAGAAAGAGCAGCAGAAAGACAAAAGCAGAGAGAGAGAAAAGGACAAAGAGAAAGAGAAAGAGUUCCGUGAGCGUGAGAAAGUGCGGCGCCGCAGUGUGAGUGGCCACCAGCUCGUGCCUGGCUCAUUCUCCAGCUGGGCGACGUGUUCGCUGUGCAGCAAGACCCUGCAGAGGAAGCAUGGCCUGCAGUGUUUGAACUGCGCCGUCAACGUCCACAAGAGCUGCAAGAACCUCCUGCCCGAGUGUAGCAGCAAAAACAGGACAAAAGAUUCGGCGCAGAGGACAUCAUACGCCACAGCUCAGUUCUAUAGUCAAGCUCUGAGAGACCCCAGCUCUGCCCCGACUCCCAUCGAUGGCUCGUCCCGGACGUCUCGCUGUGUUUCAGGUAUGACCGUUCCACCUAAAGGACACAGCGCCCAACCUGCCGCCUCCAGCAACCCUACGGUCAGCCAAAACAACAGCAGCGGCUCUAUCACAGGAGAGAUGGAUGAGGUUGACGCAUUCAGGAUGAAGCGCCCCGCUGACGACACCGUAUCUCUCGCCUCCACGACGCCCGAGUCUCUCAUCGUCGAAGAUGCGUAUUACGCCACAGUACGAGGGGAACUGGAAGCCAUCGCGCAAGAUUUCGAGGUGGAGUCCUGGAGUCUGGCUGUGGAUCAGCACUUCUUGAAGAAACAUUCGAAGGAGAUGAUUAAGAGACAGGAUGUUAUAUAUGAGCUCAUCCAGACGGAGAUACACCACGUGCGGACGCUUAAAAUCAUGCUACGCGUUUACGCUCGAGACCUGCGGGAGGCGCUACAGCUGGACGACAGGAAGCUGGACUGUCUGUUUCCCCGGCUGGACAGCCUGCUGGAGCUGCACAACCACUUCCUGUCCCGUCUCCGGGAGCGCCGCGCAGAGUUCCUGCAGCCGGGAAGUGAACACAACUAUGCCAUCCAUAAACUCUCAGAUAUCCUGAUAUCACAGUUUUCCGGGGAGCUUGGAGAGCGAAUGAAGGAAAGUUACGGGGAAUUCUGCAGUCGGCACACUGAAGCGGUCAACUACUACAAAGAGCAGCUGCAGAGCAACAAGAAGUUCCAGAACCUCAUUAGAAAAAUCAGUAACCUAACAAUAGUGCGGCGGUUAGGCGUACCAGAAUGCAUCUUGCUAGUGACGCAGCGAAUCACCAAGUAUCCUGUUCUUCUGGAGCGCAUCCUACACAACACAGAAGCCGGGACAGAGGAACAUGAAGGAUUAGCACAGGCUCUCAAUUUAAUCAAAGACGUCAUCGUUCAGGUGGACGCCCAGGUCAGUCUCUACGAGAAGGAAGCGCGGCUCAGGGACAUCGCCUCCAAAAUGGAGCCUAAGUCCCUUGGGAAAAUCAAAGACGGACGUGUUUUCCGAAAGGAGGACCUUUCUCAGGGCCGCCGCAAGCUCUUGUUUGAAGGCAUGGUCAACUGGAAAGCCGCAUCUGGUCGACUCAAAGAUAUUCUAGCGCUACUUCUCACUGAUGUUCUCGUCUUGUUGCAAGAAAAGGACCAGAGAUAUGUGUUCUCCACUGUUGACAACAAGCCAUCCGUUAUUUCACUGCAGAAGUUGAUUGUCCGUGAGGUGGCGCACGAGGAACGGGCCAUGUUCCUCAUCUGCGCCUCCUCAAACGAACCUGAGAUGUACGAAAUCCACACUGCCUCGAAAGAAGACCGCAACGCCUGGAUCACCCACAUCCGUCAGGCCGUGGAAAGCUGUCCACAUACAGAAGAGAGAUUGUUUAGUGAGGAAGAGGAAGCCAGAGUCGCCCGGUUCCGAGAGUUUCAAGAUCGCCUGACGUUGAAGGACGCUCAGAUUGUCCAGAGCCUCACGGACAAGCUGCAGUUGUUUGCCGAACUGGCUGAAUCUGUGGCUGGUCUAGAGGACGCCAGCUCUCGCUCCCGUCUGUUGCUGCGGGGCGACAUCUCGGACCUCCAGCAGGGGGAGCAGCUGCUCAAAGGAGCCAUUACUGAAGUGGAGAACCUGCAGAACCUCCUCGCAUCUGGAGCUCGGGGAGCAUCUCCACAGACUGAGGGGAACCAGACUCCAUCCUCGAGUUUGCUGCCACGCAGAGCAGACACCUUCGGCGGUUACGAUAGCAUUCCUAGCAUACUGGCUAAGAACGGCAGUAUUAAGAAGAAGGUUGCCGGCGCGGCUGGCAGGACCAGGGACAGGAGUCAACGGGCCAGCUCUGAUCCGCAGAUCAAAGAGGUGUACGCAUGUCAGGACCAGGAUGAGCUGGACGAGGCCUCUUCACCCGGCAGGCACAAAAUGUGGUCCACCUGUAAAUUACCAGAAUCAGAGUUCUAUGAGCGAGUGCUGCUGCUGUCCCAGAGGCUGUACAGUUUACAGGCCAUAAUCUCCCAGCAGGACAGCCACAUCGAGCUCCAGCGGGCUUCUCUCCUCACCGCCGAGCGGGAACGACCCGGCAGCCGGAACCGCGGCACAGACGUGCUCCUGGAGCAGGAGAAGCAGCGCAACCUGGAGAAACAUCGCGAGGAGCUCGCCAACUUCCAGCGGCUGCAGAGCCAGCAUCGGCAGGAGCAGACGCGCUGGGAACGAGAGCGGGAGAAGCAGCGGCGGCAGGCGGAGGCGGCCGAGCAGCGACUGAAGGAGCGAGAGGAGGAGUGCUGGCGACUGGAGAUGCGAUUGACCGAAGAGAGACAGGAACUCGAGAGGCAAAGGCAGACUUACCAGCAAGACCUAGAGAGGCUGAGAGAGUCCACACGUGCCGUCGAGAAAGAGAAAGAGCGAUUGGAGCAACAGAGGAAGUUGAAGAAGCACAACACGGUGCCGAAUACAGCAGCGCUGUAUGCACAGGAAGUUGGACAGCUUUCCAGCUCCUCCAGCUUUAACGGUGACCUGCUGCUCGGCGGAAUAGGGGAGCAGACGCUUCCUCAAAAGUCGCACCUGCGGGCCUCUUUCUCAGUUUCCCCCGCCGACUACACGGAGCGUCCCGAAGUCCACUCGCGUCGCGAGAGCUCCUGCAGCACCCUCCCGGCCAAGACGGAGGUCCCCAUCCAUCUCAUCAGCACCACCAACCAGCUACACAAGCAGGGCAGCGUCCAGCAACAGAUCCCGACCAAACUCGCCGCCCUCAGCAAAGGCAAAGAGAAGAGCGGGAAGGGCAAGAGUUCGCACCGCACCGACAGUUUAGCUUCUGUUGACAUGAAGCAGAUGCUGCCCAUCAAGCUGUCAUCGAGGGAUUCGGACGGAGGACACAAAGCACGCCGACCCAUCAGCCCCCACCAACCUCAACAUUCCCACACAGAUUCCCUCAGCCCUCCAGACGCUCAUACGGACGCCCAGUCCGGCCUCGCUCCCGCCGGUCUCAAAACCCACAACCAGACCUCCCAGCCCACUCCCUCGUACACUGUUAGCGACGAAGUGGCCAAGGAGGACGUUAUAUUUUUCUGAGACAUUGCAUUGACGUUUUGGACAUUUUGGACAUUUUGGACGUUAGGUUAUCUUAAGGAGCACGUUUUAAUCCUUGUAGUCUUAACAGCUAACAAGUUUUAUUGAAGCCUGUAAAUUACAACGAUGUUUUAGUUUGUACGAAAAAAAUCUAAAAAGGUUCACCGUGUCCAGAAAACCCAAAGACUUUGACGGACAGCUUCACGUGAAGGACAUUUCCGUAGCACGCGCGUCAAACGGACGAUUUGAAGGACGAAUGGAUGUUUUUAGGUUGCUUAUUGUUGUGGUGAGCAAUUUUGCACAGCGUCAACAUCCCAUUUCAUUCAAACACAGUAUUUGGGACGGCUAUUUUCUGUUGGAUUUGGUCGGGUUCAUUUCGCGGUCACUCUGGAACAUUGUUGCUUGGAAAAUGACAAAAUUGACUUUUGAAAUUGAAGUCAGUUUGUUCACAAACUGCUUUUGAUGGUACAUUGUAUAAACUUAGAUUUUUUUUUAAUUUCAGCAAAGGCCAACUCCAUUUCAGUGGUCAUUUUAUUCAUGUGUCUAACGUUUCCAAGAGACAUUUCUUCCAAAUGUUCACAAAAAAAAAAAUAAGUAGGGGAUGUGGAGAAAAUCUAAGAUUUUAUUAACCAAUAUUCUGUUUUUAAUUUAUAUGUUAGUAGAUCUUCCAAAUGGAGAGAGCAGUUGAUCUCAAUUUUUUGAGAUUACUCAAAUAAAAAUCAUGAAGCAUACAUUUUAGAUGGUAAAUGAACCAUGUUUUCAAUUUUCCAAAUGAUCAAAAAGUCAAUGUAAGAUGCUGGCUAAAAUACUAAACACCUGAAUCUGAAGGAAAAUCUUAAGAAAUGUUGUAAUGAAGAAGAAAAAGUAAAAUUAGGAAGUAAGUACAAUUCUCCUAGAAUUGUCAAUACCGUAAUGCAGAAGCAAUGUCAUUUUUGUGAUGUAAAGAAAAUGUGAUUUAAAUAAAAUGUAAUCAUUUUAUAGAAUUCAUUUAUUAGUAAACAGUAUAUAUAGUGAUUUUAAUUUUAUUUUUUAAUAAUUUUAUUUUUGUAAUAAAAAAUAGUGUCAAACAAAUAGAUUUUUGUGACUGUAUUAUAGUAAUGACUAUAUAUAGUGUAUAUAUAUAGUAUAGUAAUUUGCUUUUUUUUUUUUUUUUUGCAUUACGGUAUUGAAGACUUUUGGGGGGAAAUGUUUAAUAAUUUAAUUAAAUUAUCCUAAAAUUGGUUUUACUGUCUUAAAAAAAGUAUAUAUAUAUAUAUAUAUAUAUAUUUUUUUUUUUUUUUUUUUUUUUUUUUUUUUAAUUUGGGGCAGAAUAUGACAUUAAUGCAGACAGUUCCAUUUAAGUUUAGUGCCAAAUAUAGUUAAACAUUGUGGUACACUACCAGUCAAAAUUUUUUGCACAGUAAUAUUUUUAAUGUUUUUUUUUUCUUUUAAAGAACUUUCUUCUGCUCGCCAAGCCUGCAUUUGUUUGAUCUAAAGUACAGCCAAAACUGUACAAUUUUUAAAUAUUUUUAUUAUUUAAAGCAGUGAUUCUCAAAGUGGGGUACCAGUACGACUAGUGGUACUCAGAGAAAUCACUAAAUUCAAUAUAAAUUAAUGUUAAAACACAAUACAUUUUAAGUACGAGGUAAGUAAGUUUUUAAUUUAUUAUUAUUAUUUUUAACAUUUAAGUACAGUACAGUUUUUAUUUGAAUUCUGGGUACAAUACAUUUUAUUUAAUCAUUAUUGUAAGUUAAACUUACUUAUAUUAAGUUUAUUUACCUGUUUGCAAGCACAGUGCAGUGUUAAUGUUAAUGUUCAAACUGUCUAUUUACAAUGUUAAAGUGGCUGACAACACUAAAUAUUCUUUAUAUAAAUUCUCUAUAAAUUAGGAAUAAAACAGCCUCAUUUUUGAACUGUGCAGAGCUGUAGCUGAAUAGUUAGGUCUACUAUGCUACUGUUUUUUUUUUAUGCCGGUCAUUAUGGUGGUACUUGGAGAGCCAAAUAUUUUCUGAAGUGGUACUUGGUAUGAAAAGUUUGAGAACCACUGCUUUAGAUCAAAUUAAUGCACGCUUGGUGAGCAGAAGAGACUUAAAAAAAAAAAAGUAAUAAAAAAAACAUAAAUCUUACUGUUCAAAAACUUCUGACUGGCAGUUUACAUAUACAUUUUGGGGGGUUUAAAGAAACUUAAGUUUCCUUACGUAGUUAUUUCUACAUGCAAUUUGUUUUAAUCUCAAACAUUUCCUCCUUUCUUACGACCCACAUUCAUUUCAUUCCAUGUCUAAUUUAAGUCUCUAAAGUUGUCAAGCAUUUCCUCUGUUCUUAAGCUGACCACACAAACAGCACGUGCGAUGUAAUAAUCCAGAUUUCAGAGUAAUUCCACCAAAGACCAGGAUGUAAACCACUCUAAAUCUAACCCAUGAGCUGUGAGUAUGAAGCCACUGGACGUCUCUGACGUUUGUUUCCUGCGACCAUGUGAUUUGUAUGUAUAUGUUGUACAUAUAGUUUCCUUCUAACAUAGACAAGAUGUAGAUAUUAUGCAAGGAUGUCAUGUGACCACUGAAAUUACACAUGGUCCAUUUGGGUAUAUUUGUUUUGUUUUGUAGGCACUUUUCUUGAAAAGAAAAAAACAAAUGUGUCAUUCAGCCUAUUUUAGAUCAGAAACAACCCAUAAUGCAUUGCUUUGGAUGACAUUUCACCUCUUCCACUUGAUGUAAGAAUUUUUUUUGACAGUAUGAUUGGAUAUUCAUCCUACAUUUUGAGUUUCUACGUACAUUUUCUUUCUGUGGUGCAAGUGAAGGGAUAUUUUCACA